AUGUCUGCACUUUCGCUCUAUAUAACGGUCUGCAGACAGUUAUUUGAUUCAUGCUCGUCGGCUGACCAAAACAAAGACGAAGUUUGGGAAGAAACAGCGCGGAAGCUAAAAAGACUGAGGCAUGCCCUGCAAUGCCGAAGCUGUAAGAGAAUAUCCAGGGAUUUAUAUGGUUCUACUGGUUGUCUUCACUUGACUUGUGGCUCUUGCAAAGAAAGAAAGCGAGGAAAAUUCACGGCUUGUCGGUUUUGUAAGAAUUGUGAAGAACUGGAGCUGAACAAACAGCACAACUGUGUCCUAAAAUGUUACGCCAAAAUUUGUGAGUUAUUGCGGAGUUAUCUUCUUCAUGGGAGUGACUGUGAAAGAAAUGGCAGAAUUGAACAACUUUUAGAGUUGAUUUAUGAAGGUUCUACGCUGUUUGACACUACACACGAGGGAGCAUCAAAUCAGGGAAGUCUAGGACAUCCGAGCUCUUCCGCGGAUACCGGACAAAUAAGAAUGAUUGACGUCGGCCAUGUUACUUGUGAAAACAAAGUAAGCCAAGAUGGCGGCGGACUUCGUAAAGAUGGCGGCUUCUUCAAGCAAACCUACUCGGCUAAAGAAGAUCGGAUUUUUCAUCAAGAUCAGUUAGCUGAAAAAGUUACGGUAUCAUCGGAAAAUAGAAACGGGAAGAACGAAGUCGAUUCCGCUACUGUGACAGAGUUGGAAAGUCCUUUAGCAAUCAAAGAUGCCAAAAAUACACAAGCUGAAACGAAGACCAAGAAAAUGUCAGUAACCGAAAAUGAAAAUGCGACAUCUAUUAUGCCGAAGUUUCCUACAAAUGAUCAUGAGACACCUAUUAAUGGAGAGAGUAAUUUGGAAUCAAAGAAAAAUGGUUAUCUUGAUCAACAGCUUUUGCAAGAGAUGGAAAUGAACAGUAAUUUUCAAAGUAUACCGCGUAAAAGAAGAAGUAUUCAAGCAGAUACUCAUGAAAGCUUAGCUCCGCGAAAUGAACUGAAAAAUUUAGCAAAGAAAGGAAGACUUUAUCAAAAUGAUAAUGCAAAGCAAGGUCAUUUUUCUGAAAAUACAGGAAAUCAGAGCCCGUGUGAUGACGAGGAAGUUCUGUUUGAUGAAAGAUUGCCCAGAGUAGAUGAAGCUAAAAGACAGAAUCUACAUGGAAAUAGGAAAAGUUCAGUUAGAAGUGUCAAGAAGCAGUUGGUUACUGAGGGAAGAGAUACUUUGAUUGAGAAGGACAGAGCUGAUAAUGGCAAUCGCCAUAGCUUGAUGCGUAAGAACAAAUAUAAAUGUUCUUGUGGAACAUCAAACAAUAGAUAUUUUUCUGACAUUUGCAAUCAUAGCCGUUGUGUUUGCUAUGCUGCUGGUGUUCCAUGUGUAGCCUGUAAAUGCAAAUACUGCUCUAACCCUCACCAGUCACACUACAAUGUUAAAUGGUCAGCAUUAGGGUUUGAAAGUGACAAACAAUCAGUUAAAAUAGAAACUUCAGUAGGAAACAGUUAA